AUGGACCCAGAAACCGCCUUAGAAUUGGUGAAGCACGGCACCACUCUUCUUCUUCUCGAUGUUCCUCAGUACACUCUCGUUGGAAUCGACACUCAGGUGCUCUCUACAGGACCUCAUUUUAAAGGCAUCAAGAUGAUUCCUCCUGGAGUUCACUUCAUUUACUACAGUUCAUCUAACAGAGAUGGCAGUGAGUUUUCUCCAAUUUUUGGUUUUUUUAUUGAUACCAGCCCUUCACAGGUCAUUGUUCGGAAAUGGGAUCAAGAGGAAGAGCAUUUUGUCAAAUUGUGUGAAGAAGAGGAAGAAAGAUACUCAGAUGCGGUUAGAAGAUUAGAAUUUGACAAAAAUCUUGGACCAUAUACACUGGCUCAUUAUGGGGAAUGGAAAUGCUUGUCCAAUUAUAUCACCAAGAAUACAAUUGAACGCAUUGAACCUGUUGGAGGCGAAAUCACAAUUGCUUGUGAAUCUGAGAUGGUUGGUGGUAUUCCUAAAACAGAAAUGGAGAAAGCUUUGAUCGAACAGCUGAAAAAUACCAAGUUUUCAAAACCAAUAGAAAAAUCCCAAAAAAAAGGUUGUUACUACACUCCCAUUCCCCGUGUUGUCAAGCAUAAGGGAAUGAAUAGCGAAGAUCUUACUAUUAUGAAUCUUGAUAAGACGCAGCUAUUGGAAAGCAUAUUGACAAAAGCAUAUGAAGGUGACGAAGAUUCACUUCUAGGAGAGUUACAAUUUGCAUUCAUUGCAUUUCUGAUGGGACAAUCACUUGAAGCAUUUCUACAGUGGAAACUUUUAAUUGGUCUCUUGUUGGGCUGUACAGAGGCUCCUCUUCAUACUAGGAGUCGGCUAUUCACAAAGUUUAUUCAAGUCAUUUAUUAUCAGUUAAAAUAUGGAUUAAAAAAUGAUCGGAAGGAUACUGGCGCUGCAGACAAAGGAGCGUCGGCAUUGUUUGAUGAAUCUUGGUUAUCUUCUGAUAGCUUUCUACACCGUCUUUGUAAGGAUUUCUUUUCAUUGGUACUGGAAGCUCCAGUGGUUGAUGGAGACCUCCUGAUUUGGACAAGAAAACUAAAAGAGCUGCUCGAAGAUUCUUUAGGAUGGCAAUUCAACGAAAACAGUGCAGUAGAUGGAAUGAACUUUGAAGAUGACGACGAGUACGCCCCGGUGGUUGAGAUGUUGGACGAUUCAGGGACUGCAUGA